AUAAGCGCUGUGUGACUUCUCAUAGUCAUUGUAUAUUCAGCUACUUGAAUACGCACCAAGCAUCAUGUCUACCUUCGCUUUCCUCCUCCUCUGCGUCCAAGCUUGCUUGGUUCAGAAUGUGUACAGCCAGUGUCUGCGUGGUGCCGUUGCUGGACCUAUUGGGUGGGACGCUGGAGUAGCUGGCUGCGGCUGGGGUCCUGGCAUUGCUGGCUUAGGCUGGGAAGGCGGCUUAGCUGGACCCGUUGGGUGCGGUUGGGGUUCCGGGCUUGGUGGUCUAGGCUGGGAAGGUGGUCUAGCUGGACCCGUUGGCUAUGGUUGGGGUGCCGGCCUUGGUGGUUUAGGCUGGGAAGCCGGUCUUGCUGGUCCCGGUGCUUGGGGCUGGGGUUCCUACGGAGGUGCCGGUGUUGGUGAUGUAGCAGUUGCUGGUGAAAUGGGCGUCGCUGGUACCACACUAGUAGCUGGUCAAGUGCCAAUCCUUGGCGCAGUCGAGUUCGGAGGUGUCGUGCCAGCUGCUGGAGCUGUCUCUAUCGCUGGUAGCUGCGGCUGCGGAUGCGGCUGCGGCUGCAACGGUGGAUACCUUUACUGAGAAAAAUUUAUAGCAUGAAUAAUGACGAAAAUUCUUUCCAAACCAAAUUAAAUGAUAUUUACGACAGUCUAAUGUAUCAUUUUUAUUUCUUCUUAAACAAACAUAAUAACCUAGUAUAUUAAGGUUUUAUAUAUGUACCAUAUGUGCAUUACCUAAUUUGUCAAUGGCGUUUUUUAUGUACUAAAUCGCUAAUUUCGUACUGUAGUUGAACUUAGCUACCAUAGAAUGAAAUAAAGUGCACGCCAAGAGCUUUAA